CCCCCCCCCAUGCGAUAUCAGAUAUCUCUAAGAAGUUCUGGGGGAUCGAUUGUGUUAUGAUGUUAGAGCUUUUGAGUCUUGAUUCAGGUUUAAAAAAUAUCAUUUCAACAAAGUUUUUUCAGUGUCGAGAAAAACUGGGAGUCGAAAUUCAUCCCGCGCCAUCGAAAACAAUCAAAUUUGUUUAAAAAAUGUCUUUUUUGGAAAAAAAAUAUUGCGUUUUCUAUUUUAAAGUUCUGUGAAAGGAUACUUGCCUAGUAACUAGCUACUACUGAGAUACCAUAGGGGUGACGUUGUUAUGUAGAUCCAUCGUCCAUUUUCAUGCAGCUGUUUGCAGCAUUUUAUAUAGAUUACUUAGGUAUAGAUUGAGGCAUACGCCCUUUUAGCAAAUGAACUACGUAUCCUGGAGAAAAUGUUGUAUAUGACGAAAUAAGUUCUGACCUAGUUCAAUUCAAACGACUAGGGUUUUGACGGUGUGAAAUACUGCAUUUGACCCAUUGUAAACCAAAAUAGUAAACACUACACGCCCCUUCAAUUGGGCCUAAGUUUCUCAUUAUUGAGGUGUCCCACUCAACUAUUAAGUGCAAUGAGUGUUAUGACAUAAUUAGUCAUGUCCAGUUCAUAACUUCUUAGGUGGUUUAUUGUCCUUCUAUAUUAUUUUUAGCUGACUCGUAGGUAUGUCUACAAUAACGUACACCUAACCUCAAUUGAUCAAAACUAGGUACGGUUGUGUGGAUUGAAUCAAAGCUAUUGGUCGUCGACCUUUCAGAUCUUCUGAACGAGAGCACUUUCAGAGUCGCAAAAAUAAACAUAACAUUUAGGUUCAUUAGCUGUCUAGUUUUUGCUUUUAUCAACCGGCUGCUCUCGUGAAGUUGAUAUGAUUCGGCGGCCUUGUGAUUUGAUCCAUAAACCUCUUUCUUUGAAGACCAAUUUUCACAAAUUGCACAAAUUAAUAUCAAAGCCAAGAAGCAGACGAUACUUUACUGAAGUUAAAUUUAACUGCCUGAAGGAUCUGUUAGUUGUUCAAAAAAAGUUUGAGACCAAAGAAAACAGAAGAAUAAUUGUGCCGAAAGUGCGAAAGUAUUGUAAAGUUGUUUGAAAAACUGUCGGUCAAUUUUGAAGUUUAUUAAUGACCCGAAGUUUUGCCGAAACAUGAAAAGCUAGACUCGCUGAAGUACAUUUUGAAAAUUAUCCUUUUUGGGACUAAAUAAACUUUCUUUGUCAUUCGGUUAUUAAAAUUUAAGCGAGUUGAUAGUAAUACUAUUGUUUUCUAUUUACUAAAAGAGCUCGACUCUCUGAUUGCAGCUGUAAAAGAAGUCUGGCUUCGGAUCUGUAACCGGUUACUGUUCAGACUUGAAUUGUAAUAUUUCCAAACUUAGUAGGCGAGAAUGACUACUAGCUUACUACUAGUUGAUCAGACUAAUUCAAUUGGCUAAAUAUAUUAAUCCGAAGAACCAGUGUCCAUUUUGUUUCUCGCGCGACGACUCAGGGAGCUGUGAUAUAUACAACGGAUUGGAUUAUUGUAAGCCCUUAAAUCGUAACAAUUCCCAAUUCCCCCAAUUCAUUCUUCUAAUUUUCCUUCAUCAAGUCAGCUCCGCUGAUGGAACAAUUAUUAUAAACUUGUCAAAAUAUUAAAAUUAUUAACAACUUGAGUGGCUCCUGAUUACUGCUCUCAUAAAUAAACAGCUCCUCCUAACUUAAUAAUUACAAUAACUUAUUAGUUAUUGCAAGCACUCCUAUCCAUCUCCAGUAAACCACACGUGGCAAUAAUCAUUUAUUUUGAACGACAUUUCUGCGGUUUUGAAAGUUUGAGAUAUUUCGAUCAAAAUUUCUGACGUUUUCAAUCAACAUUCUUAGACAUAAUUUGUCGCCCCUCUCAAAGGUUAAAUUUGAACUCUAACUUCCAAAAACAACUUAUAAUAUGCUCUUAACACUCGAAAACUGCCAUAACGCCUUCGAUUCGGAUGUUUUGCCCAAUUUUGCUCUUCUAACCGAGCAAAACAGCUUCAAGAGCGAAGGAAACCCAGAAGACUUUUCUUUCUUUGAUUCUACUGAAUUUUCAAAACCAGUUUUUGCGGAAAAACUUGAGUUCGAACCCUAUUCUCCAUACCUGUCAGUUCCUGGCUACGGACUCCAAGGUUUCUCGAACCCCGCUGCCUGGAUCGGCGCCGGAGACAUGGACUUAAACGAUCUUAUACGAACGGACAACCCAAAAGUCUUCUGCACGCGACUUCCGCAGCACUACCGGAGCAACAAGAGUCUUCCGAAUACUUUCGCUGUUGUGAUUCAGGACCUGGACAUCCCGCUUGGAACCCAAGUGACGGUCAGUGCCACCAACAAUGACCACCCCAGUGCUGCUCUGCGGAACAACUCGGCCGUGGUGUCGGGGGAGCUCCCGGGAGUGGGCAUGGUUGCCAAGUUCAGUGACCUCCGUUUUGUUGGCAGGAGUGGCCGAGGGAAGUACUUUGCAGUGAUUAUUUCGAUUCUAAGUGAGCCGAAGAAGAUCGUGGCCACUUACCACAGGGCCAUCAAAGUCACAGUGGACGGACCCAGAACAUCCCGAAAAAUAAUGUCUGGGUGUGUCGGCGGUAACAUGCAAAACAACGACAUGGGCGGUGGGCGAAUAAAACACGUGAGUGGUGGCUGCGAAAGCGUUACAAGUGACACCACAACCGGGUCCAAUUGUUCCAACUCCCCCUCUGGCUCCAGCUUAUGUCAGUCGCCUCUUCCAGACACGACCACCCUCUACCCGGUACAACAUCAGCAUAUUAGUCCACAUACAUGCAAUAUCACCUCAAGUAUCAGUUCGGGAGGUGUUGUGAGUUCGAAUCUCGUUCCCUCCAUGGACAGUGGAUUGGGAGGGGGACUUUUGCAGUCGGCAUACCCACCCGAAGUGACGCAAGUGCAACAGGGAUGCGGAUACGCUGGAAGCGAAGUGCAAGAUUGCCUCUCAAACUCGCCUCAGUCAUUGAAUCAAGAUUUGUUCCAGACAUCGUAUUCCUUCUAUCCAUCGCCGGAUCUAGCUCCUGCUUCCCAGUCCUGGCAUGGCGAAGCAGUUAAGCCGGAACCGUACGAGUACCCUACGUGCGGCACAUACCCAUCUCUCGUAUGCGCUCCACAUGAAAUGGUCGCAGGUUCGAACCCCGCUGGUAACCCGAAUAAUUCAAUUUCAGUUUCGGACUGGCAGCUUCUGCAACCCUCGAUUUUUAGUCUAUCAGAAGCGAAAUCUGAGGAUUACAACUCAAUAACAAGUGAUGCAAUAACAAGUAUGAAUAGCCAGAAAAAUCAGAAGAUGACCGGUCAGUUUAAUCAAGGGUCAGGAGUUCAACAGAGGUCAUUGCCCUCCGUACAUACAUUCCAACAGAGCAUGACACCACUUUUACAGGAGACUUCAGUUACUACUAAAUGCAUAUCUUACAUUCAGCCUCAAAAUGCGUAUCAAAGUCCGAAUCAGUAUGUCAACCAGAAUAUUGUGCCUUUUGACCAGUCGAGUCAGAACCAACAAAUAAUCAGAGGUAAUUUCGAAAAUUUUGGGUCAUCCAUGCCACAUAUAUCAAAUUGCGUCGACCAAAAUAAUCGGUUUUUACUCCAACCGAGCCUAUCAAAUCCUGGAUUUUGUUUUGAUAACCAAACAUCUGCGGGUUUGAAUAUCAGUAGCCAGGCAAAUACGUCGGCAAUUUUCCAAAACAGCAAUAACCAGAGUCAUAACUACUUAACAGAGUCUUAUCCAAAUUUCAUAUCGAAUCAAGUCGAGUUCAAACCAGUUUCCAACAAUCUAGAAUCAUCUUCAGUGUCAAAAUUGCCUUCAGGAAAGGAAAAUGAAUCAGAUAACUUUGAUGGUCGAAAAGAGUCAGAUCCUGUUAUGCCUCAGCGUGAACAAACCGAUGAACUUGAUCUCGAUUUCGAAUCCAUUCAGCCCAUGAUGUUCGAUGGCAGUGACAUGGUGGACAUCAAUGACCAGCUCUGGAGGCCAUACUAGAAAGCCAUUAAGAACUUAGAAACUGAAAAGUAGUGCCAUAGUUUAGUUCUUUUUGCCGAAAUUUGUGCCUCAAACGAGUCUUUAGAUGCAUUCUUUAUCAGCAGGGUCUCUCAUCUUUCGUAUAUAGAUUAGCUUCUCGCAGCUUAAAUAUUUUG